AUGCCGUUCAAGCCCCCGGAGAAGAUGCGAGCUGUCGUGCUCAAGGGUGAUUACCACGUCGAAGUCGAAGACCGCCCAUACCCCAAGAUCAAGAACCCCACCGACUCCGUCCUCAAAGUCUCCUCGACCGCCCUCUGCGGCAGCGACCUCCACUUCUACCGAGGUCAUUUGAAGUGUCCGCCGGACUUCAUCUGUGGACAUGAAUUUGUGGGGGAGAUUGUCGAGAAGGGUGAUGGGGUGAAGAAGUUUGAGGUUGGGGAUAAGGUCGUUGUGCCUUUCUACACGGCCUGCGGUGAAUGCUACUACUGCGUCCGAGGGCAGGCAUCGAGAUGCGCGAAGGGCGAGCUCUUCGGCAACAGUGCGCCUGCGAAUACCAUCGAUGGCGGUCAGGCGGAGUAUGUGCGAUGUCCUCUUGCGGACACCACUUUUGUCAAGACACCAGCUGGAAUCCCGGAGGAGAUGCUCGUGCUGAUGGCAGACAUCUUCCCAACCGGAUACUUCGCCGCCUCGCGCUUCCUCAAGAACCUCCCGGACCGCGAUCGCAAAGAAUACACAGCCGUCUGUAUAGGAUGUGGGCCCGUAGGAAUCUGCGCGAUCACUUGUGCUCUGACGAUGGUGGAUACUGUAUAUGCGAUUGACGGCGUGCCAGAACGGUUAGAGCAAGCGAAAGAGAUUGGAGCGAUACCCAUCAACCUCAAGGACAACCCCGUGCAGAAGAUCAAGGAUGCGACGAAUGGAAGAGGUGCGGAUGUGGUGAUUGAGGGUGUCGGUCAUGCAGAUGCGUGGCAGAUGGCGUUUGAUAUGAUCAGGCCGUGGGGAUCGAUCUCCAGUAUUGGCGUGCACACCGAAAAGUGGGAAGUCAACGGCCUCCUCCUCUACGGCAAGAACGUCACCAUGGCCUUCGGCCGCUGCCCUGUCCGCUCCAUCUUCGAAGACGCCCUCGCUCUGCUCGUGCAGGAACAGAAGAAGGUGGCCUUCUUGUGCGGCAAGACGAUGUCCUUGGAAGAGGCGCCACAGGCGUAUAAAGACUUCGAGCAGAGGAAGGUGCACAAGAUUGUGUUCAAGAUGGGGGAUCAGGUGAAGCAGGUGGAUAUUGCGGAGAAGGUUGGUUCUUGA